CACCAGGAAGUGACGUCGCCCCGUCGGGCUGUGUUGAUGUUUGUAGCUGAAGAACCGAACUGAAGCCCGAGACGCUUUUUGUUUGUGUUCAACCAAACCCUCGAAAAGGAACCGAGUCGGUGUCGCCGCGGUCCGUUUCGGUUCGUUAGGAGCCUUAGCUCGGUGAUUAGAGCCACACGGCUGGGCCGGAGGCCGAACACACCGAAACAUUUGAUCCAGAAGCGGAGGACUCGUCACCCUCUGACCCCCUCCCUGCCUCCUCUCCACCAUGACGAUUCUCCCGAAGAAGAAGCCCAGCUCCGGGGUCGGAGUCUCGGACCACGCCGAUGACAGCGACCGUCGGAGCGGCUCCGACCCGCACCAACACCCGCACCCUCACCCGCACGCAGGGCGGACCGGAGCCCGGCCGAGGGCUUCCCCUCCGCCGUGGUCCUACCAGCCCGCUCCACCCUCCGCCAGGGACGACAGGCGGAGCAUCGAGGCGAGCUCCCGGCCGCAGCAGGCCUCUCCGCCGCCCGUCGGCUCCGUGUCCCCGGUAGGGCCCGGCGACGGACGGGACAGCAGCGGCGGCAUGGUCGCCGGGUCCCGCGGGGAGCUCGUCGUGUCGGCCGGCGUCGUCGGAUGCGGCGGAGGCAUCGGCAGCUGCUGCUCUGGUCCCGGGCUGAGCAAGAGGCGGCGGCAGGCAGGCACCUGCUCCGGCGGGGUGGUGGCGGCACUGGCCGGCGGAGGCCAGCCCGGGGUGACCGGACCGGGAGGCGUCGGGUCCAGCCAGGACACGGAGGAAGGAGCGGGGAACAACAGCGAGGAUGAAUACGAGAACGCCGCUCGGCUGCAGUCCAUGGACCCGGCGACCGUGGAGCAGCAGGAGCACUGGUUUGAAAAAGCUCUGCGGGAGAAGAAAGGAUUCGUCAUCAAGAAGAUGAAGGAGGACGGAGCAUGUCUGUUCAGAGCUGUCGCCGACCAGGUGUACGGGGAUCAGGACAUGCAUGAAGUGGUGCGGAAACACUGUAUGGACUACCUGAUGAAGAACGCCGACUACUUUUCCAACUACGUGACGGAGGACUUCACCACAUACAUCAACAGGAAGAGGAAAAACAACUGCCACGGCAACCACAUCGAGAUGCAGGCCAUGGCCGAGAUGUACAACAGACCCGUGGAGGUGUACCAGUACAGCACAGAGCCAAUCAACACGUUCCACGGCAUCCACCAGAACAACGACGAGCCAAUCAGAGUGAGCUACCACCGCAACAUCCACUACAACUCGGUGGUGAAUCCCAACAAGGCCACGAUCGGAGUUGGACUGGGGCUGCCAGCCUUCAAACCCGGGUAUGCAGACCAGUCUCUGAUGAAGUCGGCCAUCAAGACGUCGGAGGAGUCGUGGAUCGAGCAGCAGAUGCUGGAGGACAAGAAGCGAGCGACGGACUGGGAGGCCACCAACGAGGCCAUCGAGGAGCAGGUGGCCCGGGAGUCGUACCUGCAGUGGCUGCAGGACCAGGAGAAGCAGGCCCGACAGCCCCGUAAGGCCAGCGCUACCUGCAGCUCAGCAACAGCGGCCGCCUCCAGCGGCCUGGAUGACUGGAGCGCCCGGUCGCCACGGCAACGUGAUUCCGACCCCUCCCACUCUGACCUCACGACCGCCCCAUCGACCAACAACAAACCUCCUUCCCCUGCUGGGGCCGCCCUCAUCCUGAGCAAACCGCCCUCCCCUUGCGCUCCAGGUCCCAGCAACCAGAGUCGUCACCAUUUGGAGUACAGAGCCAUCAUGCAGGAGAUGUCGCCCACAGCGUUCGGUCUGACGGACUGGGAGGACGAUGAGAUCCUGGCGUCGGUGCUGGCCGUCUCCCAGCAGGAGUACCUGGACAGCAUCAAACACCAGAGCACCGCCAUGCACCGAGAGAGGGAGCCGUCGCCCGACAGCAGCUGAUAGCCGGCCGACACACACAAACACACACACACACACACACAACGAUGACCUUUGACCCCUCCCCCACCUGCCUCACCUCCCUCCCCCGCCUCACCUGUGAACUACAGAAGGAGAUCGACCAGGGAAGAAAUAAAACAUUCAACAACGAUGCACACUUGUAUUUUUAUUUUGUUAUCAUCGGCUCAUCAUUCUCCGGUCUGUCACCCCCCCCACCCCACCCCCACUCUCCUCCGUUUCCCCGGUUACCACUCGGACGGAGCUCGGUCUUGACGCUGAUUCGGGAUCUGUUGUAAUUUAAACAUCAUUCUGGGCAGCUUUCCACAGAAUUUUUACCUUUUUGUUGUUUCAGUCAGUCUGAUUAUUUUAGCUCAUUAGCUCUGUGGCUAACAGGGCUAUCGGUUUCAAUGAAGAAUGCCAAUUAGAACUGUGUAUGUCAGUGUCCUGGAGGCUAAGUUAGCAUGCUGUUUAGCAUGCAAGCUUUCACCUUAAGUCUUAAAAUUCUUACCUGAGCUUUUGAAGUUCUGUCCCACUGACUAGCUACCAUUAUGGUUAGCUAACUCUUUUUCCACUUGUCUUAGCAUUAUUAUGUCAGUGAAAACCAAUCAGACAUUUCUCAGCAAUCUGUAGGCCGUGUUAGCACGCUUCAGCUUAGUCUACAUCAUGCAAACUGUUAUAUUUUGAGCUAGCUGAUAGCAAAAUCAUUUUCCACCUGAUCUGAACGCUCUGUUUGUUCCCACUGGUGGCCACUAAUGAAAUGUUUAAACUUCAUCAUGCUAAUCAGAACAUUACCAAUCUGUGUCGGUGUCCUGUGGGCUAUGCUAGGAUGGUUUUUAGAGAGCGGGCUGAAAUCUUACCAUGCUGUACUCCUAGCUUGAUUUCAUCCUGCUCGUAGCUCCCAACAGGUGAGAAAUGACACCGCUAACACUGCGAAUAGUGAUUUUUUCCCCCGUCAUCUUAGUGCCAUUAUGCUAGUUAGCAUCGAGCAAGACAAACAGCCCUUUUAGCACGCUAUAACUCUAGCUGGCCAAUAGCAAAACAGUUUGAUUUUUAUUCUUGCUCUUCAUAAAUGGCAGUCAUUUUGUGUAAGGAGUCAAAUUCUCAGUGCUAAUCAGGAUUAAACAAGACUAUAAAUGUGUCCUGUAGGCUAAGUUAGCAUGCUGUUUAGUGACCAGGCUAUUACCAGACAUCUUACUGAGCUUUAAAGCUAGGUCUUUUUUAGCAUUGCUAACGUGCUGUGUUGCUGUUGGUUUACUGUUAUUAGCAAAUAUGUUUCUUCCACUGGUAGCCAUUUUGUGUGAGAAAUGCCAACUUAAUGCUAAUCAGAGCUGCGUUAGCUUUAGCGAGCUAGCUAGCAACCUAGAAGGAGCGGGAGCUAGCUUCAAAAUGUCAGACGUUCACAUGUGAGCUCUUUCUAGGCUCCGGUUAGCCGUGCCGUCGUUAGCCGAACCAUUUAUUCACCUCCCACUGGCGGCCAUUUUGUGGUGACAGAUCAUUAUUUGACAAAUUAAAAGCCUCCAGCUUCACGGCCUGUAACACCUCCUCCUCCUCCUGUUCCUGUUCCUCCUCUUCCUCCUCUUCCGUCAUCAUCAUCAUCAUCAUCAUCGGACUUAUUUAGCUGCAUGUUUAAUUGACCACGACCAAUAUCAUCAUAGAGAAAAAGCGACAAAUAAACAAGGAGAGAAAAACUAGAGAAUUGUCAUACUUAUCCUCUUAUUGAUUGAUUAUUGUUGUUAUUAUUAAUAAUAUAAGUUUGUUUUAUUUUAUUUUCUCGUUUGGGAUGGAAAAAAACUUUUUUCUUGGAAUAAAAAGAGGAAAACGUUUCUGAAAAUGAA